ACAAAGAUGAUGUUGUCAAAGAAUUCUUACUUCUACUUUUAAUAUCAAUAGAUAGACUAUGGUCUUUGAUUGAGGGUUGGUAUGCACUUUCUUCUUCUUUUUGUCAGUAGCUACAUAUCAACUUCCAUCUGCAUAUGUAUUAUUAGCUCCCUCCCCACAGCAUGAAAAGAUCAGACUGUCUGAAAAUGUCAAGCCUUCUCCAGGAAUUCGAGGAAGAUGAACUGCUACAAAGCACAAUGAUCGCACACUCUUCCAUUAAUGGAAGUCCAAAUGCAAGUCAAACAUGUAAUGAAAUCUCCCCUUCUGCAACUAAGUCCUCAAAGAAGAAAAGAAACCUUUCUGCAGGUAAUCCAGAUAAGCAAGUUUCCUGGUAAAAGAAAUAAAAAUUUCCAACUACUAUCGUUUAAAGUUAUAUUAGCUAAUGCAACUGUGCAGAUUCAGAUGUUGAGGUUGUGGCAUUGUCUCCGAGGACUCUAACCGCGACGAAUAGGUAUAUUUGCGAGGUUUGUCACAAAGGGUUCCAGAGAGAUCAGAAUCUUCAGCUCCACCGGAGAGGGCACAACUUGCCCUGGAAGCUGAAGCAAAGGCCAAGCACACAGACUAAAAGGAGGGUGUAUAUCUGUCCUGAGCCAAGUUGUGUGCAUCAUGACCCAAGUAAGGCUUUAGGAGACUUGACUGGCAUAAAGAAACACUUCUGCAGAAAGCAUGGAGAGAAGAAAUGGAAAUGCGAUAAGUGCUCGAAAUGUUACGCUGUUCAAUCAGACUGGAAGGCACACACAAAGAUCUGUGGAACCAGAGAACAUCGUUGCGGUUGUGGUACAAUCUUCUCAAGGUGAAACUUAAAACAAGUUUACCUGAAGAUUCAUUCUCUGCUAGCAUUUCCUAAAGUAAACAAAGUUUAUCUUCUUACAGGAAAGACAGCUUCAUCACGCACAGAGCGUUUUGUGAUGCAUGGACAGAAGAGAAUAAUAACAAGGAAAAGCAAAACCAAGAAACCAUGGGAGGGUUGUCGCGGAACCAAGGACAAGAAUUUUUCACUUCAUUCUUGCCCCCCAGCAUUUUCAGUUCAAACACAAACACUUUGAUGAAUUCGAGAACUUCUUGGCCAUGCUCAAGUUCUGUUGGUGGAUCAAGUUCUAAUCCAAUGGCCAUUGGCUCUGCUUACACGUCUGCAACAGCCUUAUUACAGAAAGCCGCAGAAAUGGGUGCGAAGAUCAGUGAUAACACGAUCGCGCCAAUGCUUCUAAGGGGAUUUACUGGCUGCUCUACUAGUAGCAUGAACUCAUCUGGGCAUGUCCAGGAGAGUUCUUUAGGAGUUGGUAACAACGUGGGGCCAAUUUCUGCUAACAAUGGCGGUUUAUAUGCUGGAGAUCAACAAAUGUUUGGUACAAACAUAGAUCAAAGAGCUUAUAACAUUUCUCAAACAGGAUUAUUUCAGUCUCCCAUGUUUGUGCACUCAGAAAAUGGAAAUUCUGCUAAUAUAACUGGAGGGGAAUUCAUGGAAGGAGGUGGAAAACUGACCGUUGAUUUCUUAGGAAUCGAACCAGCAGCACAUUCAAAUAUUGGGAAAAAACGAAGCUACCAUGAUAGUGUAAUGGAGUUGGAUGGCUCAAAUGGACAGCAGACCCUGCAUAAUUUGCACUCAGAGUGGUGAAUUAGUACAUGAUAACAUAGGGAGCUAGAGAACUGAUGCUAAAGCAACUUCACAGCUCUUGAAAGAGAAAUUACUUUCAACAAGCCAGAGUGUCACCCAUUUGGAUCAAAAUGUGUGGCCAAAGGUGAUUUCUCAACGGCUAUUUUCUGAUUUAUCACUAGGAAACUUUUAUGAUUUUCGU